CCUAUUGAUUGCGAAAACUACCUGUACAUCGUAGAUGGCUUUCUUGUAGACGAAGCAGUGUAAAUUGUUUAUUUAGUACUUUGUUUAGUAGGUUAGUUGUUUAGUAUCAAUCGUGAUGGGGAAAAAACGUAAAGAAAGAGAGACAGAGGCAGCAGAGAUGGAGGAAUUUGAAGAAGAAACCGUGUCUCCGGAUACCAAGGAAUAUGGAAAACCUCGUCAUUAUGAUCCAAAUUUCUCAGGGCCUGUUGAAAAGAGGUCCUGUACAGACAUCAUCUGCUGUAUAUUGUUCCUCGUCUUCGUCACAGGAAUGGUCAUCAUCUCAGUAUUAGCAUAUGCACGUGGAAAUCCUUACCGUUUGAUCUACCCUACUGAUUCGAAUGGGGACAUUUGCGGCCUUGAUAAUCUGAAGGACAAGCCAUAUUUAUUCUUUUUUGACCUGUUAGAGUGUGCCAAGAGGGGACUGGCAGUGGCUGUGACGGGUUGCCCCACCCCUCAGGUGUGUGUAUCCAAGUGUCCAGACACCAAUUACGUCUACUGGGAAUCAUAUUUGAAGGAAAAAAUUAAAGGAGAUGUUGAUGAGACAGAACGAGCCAAGUUAAUAUGCAAAUAUAACAUAAACCCAUUGAACGACACAAGAACAAUUGACAAGCUGGUUGAGAGUGAAGAUUGUGCAUCUUACUAUGUGGAAUCUGCAUCUAUUGUGAGCCGCUGUAUUCCUGCUGUGUUUGGCAAGCUUGCAGAUUUAGGCAGUGCAAUAGUGACUAGUAACGGGACGGAGAUAAAAAAUCAAUUGAACGAAACAAUUACAGGAAAACUGCUAGAGAAUGCCACAGUGCACCUUGCUGAACUAUACAAAGUGAAAGAGUACGGAGAACUCAUAUUCAAAGAUGUGGUUGCUUCCUGGCACUUGGUUCUCAUUGGUCUGGCAAUGGCAAUGGUCAUCUCUCUGGUGUGGAUCAUCUUGAUGCGAUGGCUGGUUGGAAUUAUGGUUUGGACGGCUCUGUUUGCCUUCAUAGCCCUCUUUGCGUUUGGAGCCUAUUACAGCUUCAGCAAAUACUAUGAACUAAAGAGCUCCAACGUCACAGCUGAGCUAGGGCUAUCGCAAGCAUUUGCCCUAAACUUCGAUUACUACCUUUCUCUCAAACAGACGUGGCUGGCGUUUGGUUGUACGACAUCAACAAUCCUGGUGCUAUUUGUUCUGAUUCUUAUUUUCCUGGUCACCCGAAUUUGUCUCGCAAUAAAACUCCUCAGUGAAGGCAGCAAAGCCAUUGGAUACAUGAUGUCGACACUGCUGUGGCCGGUGAUUCCGUUCCUGCUCCAAGUUAUUGUUGUUAUCUACUACGGUUCAUCAGCAGUUUUCAUUGCCUCUAUGGGUGAGACCAAGUACAAUCUUGAGAAUGUGACGGCUUCAGGUGUGGUUGGUGACGUCACUAACGAAAUACCAUGUACUCCAGGUGGUGCUGAUGUUGGGACCAGGUUGUGCCAUUUUGUAAAGUAUGGCGGAAAUGAAUAUACCUUUUACCUGCAGAUAUUCAUGCUAUUCAUGUUUUUCUGGCUCAUGAACUUUAUCGUGGCACUGGGACAGAUGACACUGGCAGGAGCCUUUGCGUCAUAUUACUGGGCGUACGAGAAACCACGUGACAUUCCAGCUGCACCGUUAACAAGAUCUCUCUAUAGAUCGCUCCGGUAUCAUCUGGGCACCCUAGCCUUUGGCUCUCUGAUUAUUGCCAUCAUUCAGAUCAUUCGAGCCUUUCUCGGAUAUCUUGACAGAAAACUGAAGAGCUCAGAAAAUGCAGUAGCAAAGUUUAUUGUCAAAUGUUUAAGGUGUUGUUUCUGGUGUUUAGAGAAAAUAUUGAAGUUUAUCAACAAGAAUGCUUACAUCAUGACUUCAAUAUAUGGGUUGAAUUUCUGCUCAGCGGCCAAGGAAGGUUUUUUCCUCAUUAUGAGAAAUAUCAUACGAACGCUUGUUCUUGACAGAGUGGCCGACUUUAUCAUGCUUGUGAGUAAACUGAUGGUAACAGGAGCUGUAGGUGUCGGUGCGUUUUUCUGGUUCCAGGCAAAGAUUCCAUUUUUUGAAAAUUUCGUUCCAACGUUGACUUACUACCUUGUGCCUGUGAUUAUUCUGAUAAUUGGGACAUUCUUGAUAGCUACGACUUUCUUCAACGUCUACAGCAUGGCAGUGGAUACUCUCUUCUUGUGUUUCUUGGAGGAGUUGGAGCGAAAGGAUCAGUCACAGAAUGGAAAAGAAUACAUGAGCAAGGGUUUGAAGAGGAUACUGAAGAAAUCAAACAAGAAGGGAAGCAAGUGAGCUGUCAUCAUUCCAAGGUCAACCUCGUGUAAUAGUUGUAAUGCACGGAAUGUUAUGAAAUUUGGGACUCGGAGAUAUAAAGGAUCAGUUUAGAUACUAAUUAUAUAGAUCUAGUCUGAUUACUGAUGAUUACUGUCAGUUUUAAAUAUGUAUUGUUCCACUCAAUGCAGGUUAUUUUUAAAAUGCAACAGUUUUCACUACAAGUUUUAAUAAGCUGUGAUUUUCAAUAUAAAACAAUAUUACUUUUAAAAUGGCUUGUACUGUAUGUGUAUUAGUUAGUAUGAAGCUAUAAAGUUAGUAAAAAUGUGAUAUUUUGUUUUAGAACAUACAUUUUUGGAGAGAAUGAUUUGUUCUACUUUAGUCCAACUGAACAGGGUUUUUUUUUAUGAAUAUGAUCUCGUAUCACUUUCUUCAGUUAUUAUGUUUUUAAAAAAUGAGAAUAAAAUAUUGACCACCCAAAGAUGAACUAAAAAAACCCUGUUAGGUCAGGUUGUAACCAGGACCAGCUUAAGAAUCUGCGGGGCCUGUAGCACAAAUAACAGCGGAGCCCCCUUCCCAGGAUAUAUAUUUUGCAACCCGCUCAGGGAGAGGGGGAAGAUGACCUGGGGGAAAUAAAUGUACACAUCACCAUGGGGCCCCCUGAAGCGCGGGGCCCAUAACACGUGCUACUAGGAUAAACCGGCUCUGGUUGUAACAAACUAAACUGGUGGUGGCCUUGCAAACUUCACUUUUCUCAUUUACUAUAACCGUCUUCAUUGAUUUAUCGCAUACCUCCAAGUUGAUUUCUGAUUUCACAUUAUGUCAUUAUUUAAUGUUCUAAAGGUCACUGAAAUUGUAUAUCCAUGAGAUUGUAAAUAAUAUAAGUGUUCAUGGUAAUACAAAUUACAUUAUGUGCCAUUUCAUGAUUUGGUACAAAAAUAGAUCUGUCAGUUGCAUGUUUCAUGGUAGAUACUGUACAUUAUUUUUCUAACUCAUAUACAUCAUUUAUACAUCAUUUAUGUUAUAGUGUUUCUUAUCCUACUUUCAGACAAAUGUUUUACCUUGGAGGUUAAUAUAAUAAAUUCUAUAUGUUGAAUCAACAAAGUUGUAAACAGGAAACUGAGGAAUAUUGUUCUAUAACAUAACAGAAUACAGAUGAAUUCUUCCGUUCUUGAUAUAUUUCCAUUGGUUAAACUUGUACAUCCCAACCAGAAAGGGCUAUAGGGUUUCAUUUCUGUCUGUCUGUCCCACAUACAGUUUUCCGAGUAUUAUUUUUUGAAAGCCUUGAGAUAUUGAGCUGACAUUUUGUGUAUAGCUUUAUCAUGUACUGCUACAGUUCAAAUUUGACUUUCAUGGCGAUUUACCCAUUUUUGACAGAGUUAUGGUCAUUGAACUUAGAAGAUGUGAAAAUCAAGGCCUUGAGAUAUUGACCUGAAAUUUAGUGUAUAGCUUUAUAAUGUACUGUUACAGAUCAAGUUUGACUUUCAAGGCGAUUUACCCAUUUUUGACAGAGUUAUGGCCCUUGAAUUUAGAUGUGAAAAAUUGUUUUCCAGCCUUUUGUUUUGGAGUGCCUGUUACUAUCAAGAUCAGUGUUCUCGCUGGGUGAAAAUUAACGGAGGGUGGCCGAGCAGCACCACACCCUUCAAAAAAAAACCCCAAAACCCCCAACAAUAAACGAAAAGCUAAAAAAAAAAGAAGAAAAAAAGGGGGAUAUGGUUACUAUAUUGUUGUGUGUAGGUUGACUUUGUGGAAAAACAUACUUCUUAUUUUGCCUACAAAAAAGUGCAAAAGAAGUUUAUACGGAAUACAAGGAGACUUGUCUUUUAAUUGAACCGGAGAUGUUAUCCAUCUGACAUUCACAGGCAGUUCCGGUUUUGCUGAACCGAUCAAAGUUUUAUUAUUAUUAUUUUUAAUAUUUGUAAAGUGAUCCCCUAAUGUCGGAUACAUUUUUUGUUAUUUCCAUCUUCAUCAAAUGAAUCGAUCACU